AUGAACAACUCCCUCAGUUUAAAUGCUUCAAAACUUGAUUUACAAACUCUAGAAGAAUUAAGAGACCCAAAUUUGAUCAGUCGAUAUCCACCAUUAUUCCAGAGGAAGCAAACAUUUUUAGAUAUUUCAAAUAAUGAUAACUAUAAAAAGCAUUAUAGCAGUUCUGGUAAAUCGAAAAAGCAAUCCUCGAAAUUAAAGGAAAUCAAAAGUCAACAAUUUUCUUCAUUAACACCAUCAACUUCAUCCAAAAAUUCUAAUGAUGAAAGAAAACCACGACGAGGCUUUACUGCAUUUCUUAAAACUUUUUCAAAAGAAGCAAGGAAGUUAGAGAGACAAGAAACUUUAAAGAAGUCAAUCAGUAAACCAAUUCUUCAAUCAAAUAAUACAGCUGCACAAAAUUACAAAACUACAACACAAAAUAAAGAGGCAAUUUACACACAUUCAAUGUAUCCAUCAAAGACGAAAAGGUCAUUCAAAAUCAAAGAAGAUUCACAUACUGGUUCUUCAAAUUCCAAUCAUGAGAUGUCUUCAUCAUCUUUUGUUAACCAUUAUAAACAAAGUGAUCACAGAAAUAAAAAAGCUAUUUCACCACUUCGAGCAAAUAUACCAAUUUCGCCAACUGAUCUAUCUGCAAUGAAUAGUAUAAUAAUACCACCAGUUGGUAGUAGUCAAAAUAUUGGUAAUCCAGAACAUUAUUCAAGCUCAAUAGUUCAUCCCAAUAUGACUUUUCGUAAGAAUACAAAUAGUGAUUCAUUUGGAAGAAAUAAUAUUUCAUUUGCAAGAUUUGAUAUGAUGAAUUUAGAUAAUAACGCAGCAUAUUCACCAAUGGAUGUAGAAGAAACUGAAUAUUCAUCUGCACAAAUCAAUCCUUAUGAACAAAUAAAUGAUAUAAUGAUACCAACUUCAAUGUUUUUGCCAACGUCUAGUGAUUCAGAAGACAGUUUUUAUUCAUUAAAUGAUAAUGAAAAAAUUGAUUUAAGUAAUAAAUAUAAUCAGAUUCAUGAAAAAAGUAAUAAACAACCAAGACUUCAUUCACAUUCAAAUUCUCAUCAAACUCAUGUGCAUUCACCUGCUUAUAGAUUUACUAAAAGCUCAUCUAAUAGGCAAAAAUAUAAAUCAAAUACUAAUUAUAAUGCCAGAGAAAGAAGAGCUUAG